AUGCGUACAAGGCACCAGGACAUUUGGAGUGAUCUCUCGAACAGCAUCUCUGAAGGCGGUCUUUUCCUCCUCCGUCCAAGGCCAAGCCUGGUAGAAGGCACCAAACAGCCCCAGCAGCUGGUCGCAGAAGGCAUCUUUGGUGGGCGCCGAAUAAUGCGCAUCAUGCAGCUCAACCCGCACCUUUGCGAAUCCGCCGUCCUUGCGCAAACACUCUUCGACUUGCACGGGGUCGAACCAUCGGGGCUCAAUCGGAAGCCUGUUGAUCUCGGCGCCUGGUCGCGCCUUCUUCUGCGCCGGGAUGAAGAUGUCCGUCAUGAAGCCGAGGCGCGCCCACGUCGUCACGACGGCGACACCGCCGGGCUUGAGCGUGCGACAAAUCUCGCGCGCGCCCGCCGCGGCGUCGUCGUAAAACAUGAGGCCCAUGUUGGUGAUGCUGUGCGAAAAGGUGCCGUCCGCGAAGCGGAGUGUCUCCCCGGGCAUGACGGCCGCCGCGCAGCGGCCGGCGACGCCGAGCGACGCAAACUUGGCGGCCGACAGGGCCACCAUCUUUUCGACGGGAUCGACGGCGUGGAUGACGGGAAUGGCGGCGUCGCUGCCGCCGCUCUGCCGGCACCGCGCAAUGAUUUCUUCGGCUACAAUGGCCGUGCCGCACGCAUUGUCCAGGACGACGGCGUCGCACGGCGCGGCAAAGAGGCCAUGGAGAGCCUCGAGCUGCAGCACGCGGCGCGCGAUGGCGCGCGUGCUGCCGCCGGUCGAGCACUCGUAUGCAUCGGCGAGCGCGUCGAAAUGCUCAGCGCCGGUGGGCUGCGCAGCCUCGGUUGGUUGCUGCUCGGUAGACAUGAAGGGUUGUAUAUUUCUGGAUAUGGGCAUACACGGCGUAGAUUUUUCAGAUCUUCUGGGACGGAAGAGCAAUGUGCACGAUGA